AUGAACAGUACGGCAAAUAACACUACGGCACCAUCAGAAUUAUGCGACCCGUAUUAUAUAUGGCCGCCGGCAAGUGAACGAGCCCAUGAUUCCCUAAGGCCAAACAUCUACGCUUCAACCGUCAUUUGCUGGCUUAUAGCCGCUCUUUUUGUUGGGUUGCGGCUAUACACGAGGAGCGUCAUUAUUCGAGUGUUGGGACCCACGGAUUGGAGUAUCUUGGCUGCUUUGGUGUUUUCGUUGGCUACAAGUGUUGGGACUAUAGAGCAGGCUAUCAACGGUUCCGGCCUUCACGUCUGGGACAUUGACUGUUCAGAUGCAGCAGUGGGGAUUGCUUGGUACAGGGCCUCCUGGUACUCUCUCGUCUUCUACACCCUUUGUCUCUACUUCUCCAAGGCCUCCAUCUUGCUACUUUACAUUCACCUCUUCAACUUUCGCUGGGCCCGGCUCGGUGGCCAAAUCCUCCUGUCCAUCGUCACCAUCAGCUACGUCUGUAUGCUCGCCGUGUGCUUCGUGGCUACUAUACCCUUGAAUUCCUACUGGGACUCCACCAUUCAGAGACAAUGGACUGCGCCCCAGUCAAUGUGGUGGUCCAGCACAGGUCUGCACAUGGCGACAGACUUUUUAAUUUUCUUGCUGCCGUUGCCUGUGGUGUGGUCAGUCAUGUUGCCCAAGAGGCAAAAGAUUGCGCUUUCCGUGGUCUUUGGAUUUGGUUUUGUGAUCUGCUUCAUCUCUAUCCUCCGCCUCCUCAAGCUCCUCAAAGUCCAAACUACCCGUAACCAUCCGACCGAUUGGACCUACAACGCCGCCGAGCUCACUUACCUUACGGCACUCGAGUGUAACGGCGCCAUUGUCUGUGCCUGCGUCAUGACGUUGAGGCCCUUCAUCGUUAAGUACUUCCCCAAACUCCUUGCCUCCCAUUCCCGCUACCCCAUUGGAAGCAACGGGCAAGGCGGAAGACUGAGCGAUAGUAUCACUCCGCCAACCAUUGGAUCGAAGCCGUUCAAGCCUCCGGUAUCACCGGCAGAGGCGGUUUACAUGCGACGGGAGAGGACGAAUGCUUGGAUGGAUGGUGGUUAUGUAGAGCUGGAUAAUACGUGGGAGGGGUUCGAGGGGGCAGCGGUAAAUGAUAUGGAGAUGAAGGAAGGGGUUGGGAAUAAGAAGGAAAAGAACGGGGAGAAGGAGCAUUUGGGGGUAAGGAAAUGGAAUAGUCUGAGGACACUCCACCACCACCACGAUCAGAAAGGGGGUAGAAGUACUGGAGAAGAAGAUGGGAUCCAAACGAUACCAGGCUACGGGAUAAGGGUGUUGAAUGAUUAUGAGCGAUGGUACCAAAAACAGUUCUACUAG